AGUUUUGACAGUCUUUUGGUGGCUUGCAUUAAAUGUUGCUAAAUAAUAUUCUAAUUUAUCCACAAUUAAAAAUUUUGCUUACUCAGUGAUGUGCUUUUACAUACAUUAUAAGUUGAAUUAAUAUUAUAACUGCUCUUCAUAAAGAUGUCGUUAUUUCGUAAGCCUAAAAGAAUUCAAAGACGCGUGUUUUGUGCUGACGAUGAUGAAGAUGGUGAACCGGAGGCGCCGCCACCGCCAGUGAUUAGUAACAAAAAAGAAAACAAACCCUCAAAAACUCCGUCAUUGUUAAGUUUCGUCGACGAAGAGGAAGAUGGCGAAGUUUUUAAGGUAAAGAAGUCAUCACAAAGUAAGAGGUUAGCAAAACGCAGGGAAAAGGAGAAACGCAUACAGCCUGAGGGUGAUAAUCACAAAAUUGACAAUAAUGUGACUGAGGAAAAUGAAGUGGGCGAAAAGGAAAUCACAAAGAAAAAGAAGAAGGUGACCCUCGAAGGGUUAAUACUAUCUGGGCGCGAAGCGCUAGCGGCAGACGGUUCCGGCGACAUAUCGGAAGAGAGCGGCAACGAAGAUGAGGAUAGUAGGGGAUUUCACCAGUUCCGAGCGGAGUCGGUGCGCGCAGCGCUCGCCGUGGCGCCCGGACAUAUACCGGACGCGGCGCUCAUCCACGCAGCAAGAAAAACGCGACAGCAGGCUCGAGAGCUCGGAGACUAUGUUCCAAUUAAGUCUGACGGCCGUGGGCCCCGGCUGAUACAUGAAGAUGACGAUGAAGAUGAUGAGGAAGAAGGCAGAAUACAGGUCAGGGGGUUGGAACUGCCAAGCGAUAAGCCAAAGCGUGGUACAGCAGCCAUCCCUGAUGAGGAGAUGAACAGCGAGGGUGAGGAGUGGGAGGAGCAGCAGAUGCAGAAAGCUGUCCCUUCCAUUGUUGAUAUAACUGGCGAAGGCUCCGGCGAGCUGAACCCGUUCGCGGUGGCGCCGCCGCCCCCGCGGCUGGAGGCGGCGCCGCACCUGCGCGCGCUGUCCGCCGGCCCGCCGCCCGCCACCGCGAGCCAGCUGCUCGACGCUCUGUCCAAGAGAUUAAACGAGCUCCAAACGGACCGGCAGGCGACGUUAACAAAACGCGAGGAAUGUCGCGACAGACUACUAGCGGCGGCCAGGAUAAGGGAGUCCAGGUCCGCUAGAUGCAAGGAGUUGGAUGCCGCAUAUAAACGGGCACAGGCUGUUAGAGGAUACCUCACGGAUUUAAUCGAGUGCUUGGAUGAAAAGAUGCCGCAAUUAGAAGCGCUAGAGUCUCGGGCGCUCUUACUGCACAAGCGCCGCUGCGAAUUUCUCGUGGAGAGGCGACGGGCGGACGUCAGAGAUCAAGCGCAGGAUGUUUUAGCGUUGGCAGCCCGCGCGGGCGCCGCGAAGCCCGCGGACAGCGAGGAGAAGCGGCGGCGCUGCGCCGAGCGCGAGGGGCGGCGGCGCGCGCGCCGGCUGCGGCGCGAGGCGGCCGGCACCGCGCACCUGCACCGCGACGGGGACUCCAGCGACGACGACCUGCCGCCCGCCGACCUGCUGCACCACCAGCACGAGGCCGAAGCGAUCCGGCAGUCGUCGGCGGCGCUGUUCGCGGACGCGCUGGCGGCGUGGCGCAGCGUGCGCGGCGUGUGCCGCUCGCUGGCGCGCUGGCGCCGCGCGCACGCCGCGCUCUACGCGGACGCGUACGUGGCCGACUGCCUGCCGCGCCUGCUCGCGCCCUACGUGCGCCACCAGCUGAUACUUUGGAAUCCCCUGGCUGAUGAAGACAAUGAGGACUAUGAAAAAAUGGACUGGUACAAAUGCCUCAUGAUGUACGGCGUUCGCUCCGAGAAGAGUGCAGACGACUCGGAGCAGUCCUCUUCUGAGGAGGAGAGCGAGAUUAUCCUGCGCGAGGACACGGUCCGCGACGACGUGGACCUGCUGCUGGUGCCCACAAUCGUUGAUAAGGUCGUACUGCCCAAGAUUACAGAGCUGGUGGAAGUGGCGUGGGACCCGAUGUCCGUCCGCGCGUGCAUCCGCCUCCGCAACAUACUACUGCGCGCCGCGGAGUUGCCUGUACAGAGCACGCUGAACAAGCUCUCGGCGGCGGUGUCGUCGCGCUUGGCGAACGCGCUCAGUGCUGACGUGUUCUUGCCCACUUUGCCGCCGCACGUGCUGGAGGGCGGCGGCAACGCGUUCUGGCGGCGCUGCGUGGGCGCCGGCGUGCGGCUGCUGCGCGCCGCGCUGUGCCUGUGCGCGCCGCCCGCGCCGCUCGCCGGCGACCGCCUGGCGCUCUCGCUUAUCGAGACGCUGUGCUGCGGCGCGGGCGCGGGCGGCGGGCCGCAGCUGAGCAGCGUGGCGGGCGCGCUGGCGCACACGCUGCCGCGCUCGGGCGAGCUGCGCGCGCGCGCGCUGCGCCGCCUCGCGCAGCUGGCGCGCCUCGCGCUCGCGCGGCUGCAGACCGACAACCCGCUACAUUUGAAAGCAUUGGAACAAGCGAGAGCCGUACUGGCGGAAGCGAAGGCAGCAGAAUGACACAAUUUGUCCCGACAAUAAUACACGACUAUUUUCACAAUUUGCGUUCUUCUCACCUGAUAAACAAGGAUGGAAUAUUUAUAUAAAGCUAGCAUUAAAUACUCAUUAUCAUAUUAUGAGGGUCUGAAUCAGUCAAGCCCCAUACUGGCAAUAAUGUUUAAAUUUAUAAAUAGAAAAAAAAGCUGUAGUAUAACAAAUAAACUCAUUUAUACAAUCACAGCUAACACAGCAGCUUAAAAAAAUGGAUAUACAAUAUUUAGCUACUAUGCUAAUCAGUAUUUGCCCAAAACCCCAAAAUGUUAUAGAAGGUCCUGGCUGGCUAAGGCUAUCAUCAAUGUAUUAAAAAAAUUUUAUUUUUUAGUCUGUGUAUUGUCAGAACUUCAUUGAAAUGUUAAUAUAAUAAUAAACGUUAAACCUAAUUAUCCAUUGGGAUUGCCUGAUAUGAUAGCCAACUAAAUGCUAGUGGGAGUAAAUAUUUCAAGUGUAUUAUAAUUGGUUGAUUUUAUUAAUCAAUUGUAAUUUCUUCUCUUCGGUGAGAAAUUGCUGAAAAUAAAUAAGAAAACUUAUCCUUUUCAGCCAAGAUUCAAUAAUACAUUUGUGUUUUCAAAGUUACUAAAUUUUUCCAAACAGUCGUCAAUAUACGUUUUGUCUUAUAAUGCCGUUUAUUAUUCAACAUGUAAUUUCUACCUUAUAAACCUGAUGCAAUUACUAUAACGUUAAUACCAUAUUUUCAAUAGUUAAAUUGCAACUGAAAUGUUUCAAGCCUUGUGAGAUUUUCUGCAACAUUUCGAUAAUGUAUAUAUGUUGUAAUGUAUGUUUUUUCGAAUGAUGUGAGAAAUA